AUGAGCAUCGACAUCGACAACUUCAUAGAUCGGCUUCUGUCUGUUGGGUUGAGUGGUGGUCUCUCGCUCACCAAAUGUGUUUCUGAACCAGAAAUUGUUUCCUUACUUGGUACUGCCCGCCAAAUUUUUCUCACUCAACCGCCACUUGUUGAAAUCGAACCUCCUGUCAAAGUUUGUGGGGAUCUUCACGGGCAGUACGCUGAUUUACUUCGCUUAUAUAAUCGAUGCGGCUUUCCACCUGAUUCUAAUUAUAUUUUCUUAGGUGACUACGUUGACAGAGGCAAGCAAAGCAUUGAAACUAUUUGCUUGCAAUUCUGUUAUAAAAUAAAAUAUCCUGAAAAUUUUUUCCUGCUUCGGGGAAAUCACGAAUGUGCCGCGAUUAAUCGCGUUUAUGGAUUUUACGAUGAAUGCAAUCGACGUUACAGCAUACGCUUGUGGCAAAUGUUCCAAGACGUAUUCAAUUGUCUUCCAUUCUGUGGUUUAAUAGCUGGCAAAAUAUUUUGUAUGCAUGGUGGAUUAUCACCAAAAUUGGCAUCUUGGGAACAGAUUCUACGCAUUGAAAGACCUAUUGACCCUCCAAACCCAUCAGUUCAAAUUGAUUUACUCUGGGCUGAUCCAGAUAAAUGGGCGCGGGGUUGGCAACAAAAUACACGUGGCGUAUCGUUUGUAUUCGGAGCUGACAUCGUAAAUACAUUCUGUCAACAAAUGGAUAUCGAUCUUGUGGCCAGACAUGAUAUUGAGAUGGCAGUUUUCAGGGCACAUCAGGUUGUCCAAGAUGGUUAUGAAUUUUUUGCGAAUCGAAAACUCGUGACCAUCUUUUCGGCACCUCAUUAUUGCGGUGAAUUCGAUAAUGCCGCUGCGAUUAUGACCGUAGAUGAUCAAUUGCUCUGUUCAUUUGAUGUACUACGUUCAACCAAUAAUCCUAUUCGCGUAUCGCAGUCAUAG